UAUACUCUAGAAUGAGCAUGGAGAGUGACUUAGAAUUGGAAUUCAUUAGGUACGGGGAUACGAAGAUUGGAUGUUUAAAUCUUGGGACACAAAGCGGGGAUCCCUGCCACCCGCACCCUGAUGACCCCUGCAGAAGAGAAAGAGAAAGAAAAAAGAGCGUUUCACUGUUUUUGAGGCUGUCCAAUCCAUGAAUGUCAUGACAGCCACUGCUAAUCGACUGUCCAUGAGAGAGAUAAUUGCCAUCGUUUUCUCUCCUGUCUACGAGGAUCUAGCAGAUAAAGUAGAGCAGCUACCAAAAAACGAGUGGCUUGGGCUAUUCCGCCACGUGCGGGGAGCCCUCGUAACUGCUUGUUUCAUGCUCCGAUCAGCACAUGCGGGAGAGCCACUAUGUAUUUCAUGGGGGGACAUAGUGGGAAAGUCGAGUGAGCUAGAUGUUGAAGGGCGGAAACUGUAUUAUUUUCAAGUUUCCCCCUUGAACGGGAAGAGCUGUGAGAUGGUGGACGAGAAGACUGUGAAGCUGAAAACAGCUCACAUCACAGGAUUACCCCACAUCUUUCUAACCUCCCCACAGUGGAAGCUUCUGAGGGCAUACCUGAAGAAACACAAGAGCGUUAUUAAGGGGGCAGUCGACCAGCAGGUUUUCUGCGGCAAAUACGAAAGUCUGCAAAAGUCAAAGCACGCCGCUCGGGAACUGCGCUGGGCAUUGACCAACACGCUUAAGUUCAGACCCAGCUUUAUGAGAAAGCGGCCCACACCGACGAUGAUCCGCCAGUCAGUAUGGAGCGCUUCAGAGGAGCAGAACCACAAGGAGAUGGCCAAGAGGACAGAGGAGGUAGCUCAUUUAGCCAGCACCAGAAAGAAGCAUCACCGAAACGGUGGACCAGGAGACGGCCACCAGAAACUUUAAGAACUUUCUGACCUAUUGGAAGUUCUCCGAGGUGAAGAGGAUGAAACCAAAGAAGAGCCGUGACCUUGACCAAGGGGUGGUGCGAAGGCUGUUUGCGCCUGCCGCCUUCCCCCCCCCCACUCGCUCCCACUGCUGCCCCUUUUGCUGCCGCCCCUAUUGCUGCUGCCGCCACAACUGCUAGUGCUACCCAUACUGCUGCCGCCACAACUGCUAGUGCUACCCAUACUGCUGCCGCCACAACUGCUAGUGCUACCCCUGCUGCCGCCCCCACAACUGCUAGUGCUACCCCUGCUGCCGCCCCCAAAACUGCUAGUGCUACCCCUGCUGCUGCCCCCACAACUGCUAGUGCUACCCCUGCUGCCGCCCCCAAAACUGCUAGUGCUACCCCUGCUGCCGCCCCCAAAACUGCUAGUGCUACCCCUGCUGCUGCCCCCACAACUGCUAGUGCUACCCCUGCAGACCCUAUUCUCCCUAACCCUGGCUCGGUUAUAGCUAAAAAUGUAGGUGCUUUUAACUCUUGAGUCCAUAUUGUCAUCAUCAGUAUUAAAUUGUAAGAAGAGUGUAUGCUUCAUUUGAAAAGUAAUCAAAUAGUUCUGUGUCAACUGAUAUAUGGUUCCUUAAGGUGAAGGAGUGUUUAUACUGCCACCAACUUUAUAGUGCUAAGCAGCAUUUAUUAUUAGUCUUUGUCAAUUGAAUAAGCCUCCAUUGAGAGGUAUACUGAAGAGUAGCCGCUGAUUUAUCGCGCUACCCUUCACCCAUAGAUCAUCUGGUGAUUUAUUGUACUCCGGAACCUUCCUGUUUUCAUGAAGCUCCGCAGUGGAAGGGUUUUAUCUUAUGCUCCCGCCCUACCAUCGCCUAUACCUCCUACUCCUUCAGCUACACAUCCCUCUUUACAGCUUCCUCCAUGUCCAGCACCACCUACUCCCGCACCCAUACCACCCAUACCGCCGACCGCUGCUCCUGGUAACUACCCUAGCACCCCCAUAAUUACCACCCUGGCUAGUCCUAUUACAGACUGUGGAAAAUGUCUUAUGUGCAUUCAAGGCUUCCUUAAAACUGACCCCUGCUACUCCAAUCUGAUAACAGGAGAGGAGUACACAAUCUCUGAGCCCAUGACGUGUACUACCUCCGGUAUAGUAUACCUAAUUACUUGUGCACAUCCUGACUGCCCUCUCCAGUAUGUUGGCAUCUCCAUCCAAUCACUUAGAACUCGCUUCACAAAUCAUAGGUCAGGUCUCAACCAUGGCAAAGGCUCCACUCAUGUCCUUCACCAUUUCACUAAAGUCCACCUGCCUUCAGACCUUCGCAUCACACCCCUACGAACAGUCCUAACAUCAGAUUCUAAUCCUAACACCAAGAAAAAGGGCUCUGCCAAGGCUACAAGCCUAUGGUAGCCUAACCCUUGAAACUAUCGCCUUCAGAAAAGGUACCAUCAAUGAUCAAAGCUCACACCACAAUCAACAAACAGUUCAUGGCUGAUCUCAACAUACCACCCAAAGCAGUGAGAGACCUAUCAAUACCAACCAUGAUGCUUGAACGGCAUUUCAAAGUCACCACUCCUGGAGCUAACAACACUGAAUAUAUAGAGAUUCGCUUCAAAACAGCAUCGAAAACAUCUCCAGUGAGACGAUCACUUGCUACACAGACAAGUCACGCACAGACUUAGGUAGCGGGGCUGGCUACAUUAUCACCACUGACAAUAACAACACUACCCUCGAGGAAAGAUCUUUCAAGCUUCCUGAUCACUGCACUGUUUACCACACAGAGCUCACUGCCAUCAUCGAAGCUUGCAAAUAUCUCUCAACUUACAACAACACACACAUCAUCAUAUGGUCUGACAGUCUCUCAUCCAUACAAGCUAUAUCCUCGAUCUCAAAGAGGAGUAGAACUACUAGAGACUGGUAUGACAUCCUCAAUGCUAUCGGAUCCACCAACACUCUAGAGAUCCGAUGGAUAGUUGAACACAUCGGAUUAUGGGGCAAUGAAAAAGCAGAUGAGCUAGCCAAAAUUGGUACAACCAGUGAAUCCACUUUGAAUUGCCCUAUACCACAAUCUUAAAUCAAACGCUUGAUUGACGACAAAGUCUCUAGACUUAACCAAGAAUCAUGGAUUACUGAUGGACCCAGACACACCAAACUGACACUCGGACAAAAAAACACCAACAUCAUCAAAAAUCUCAACACUACACUCACCAACAACAGACAAAAUUACAGAAUUGCAGUGCACCUCAUCACUGGUCAUUGUGGCUUGAACAAACACCUCCACAACAUCCGCAAAUCAAGCACCAGUGCUUGUCCCAGCAGGCUAGUACUCUUGAUUAUAUAUUAAAGUCACUAUUGUGACGGUACAUUAGAACUAGACAGAAACAAAGUGUGAAGGGCCUGAACGGAACCCCUCGCUUUCAGUUCCUUGUUUAACACUGCCGUACAGCAAGGACAUCCACCGGGUUCUCCAAGGAUGGGCACAUAGCUCACUCCACACUAUGCUCUGUCAAAUGUUGCUUAUAUAUAUUAUAUAUAUAUCACGUUAACUACUCUCUCGCAGUUUAUUAUUUAGCUUUCAAGCAGUAUAUUAUUUCAGACUUUUACUUAAGUCUAGUUAUACAUCACAGUAAGAACAAACUCCACUGAUAGUGUCUACAGCCCCAACUACCCAAGGAUCAAAAUUGUGGGGGUAAAUACAAACUUUUUGGAAAAAUGCCUAUUACUUACCUAUUACUACUACUUUUCUUAACAGAGUAGGAUAGGAUCAUAUUUUCAUAGCAAUAUAUCAGGAAAACUUGAUUAUCAGAAUGUUAGGGUUAGGGUUUGGGUUAGGAUCAGGGUCAGAGUUAGGGUAUAGGUUUGGGUUAGGGUUAAUGUGUUGUACUUCUAUGCAUACUUUUAUAGUCAACUAUUAAGAUUUCUUCCC